GCUAUAAACGUUCAUCUAUUUAGAAGGUGACAGUGGGACUAUGAUUGGGAGUGGCAUAUUUCACAGAAAAACACUUAGUCGCCAAUUAGGUGCAUUUUCCUUCCGACUCCAUGAAACCUCCACGAGCACCUCCGUUCUCUCAUUAUCUAUCGACAUCCUCCAUUGAUUUAAAGGUGAGAACAAAUGAAUCGGUAUCCUCUCUUCACACAUUUGUUUCCCACUUUCUCAUUCGAGAAUCAACCCAAACUCUUCCCUCCCCAAACAAAUUAACCAAUGCCCAUAUUUUCAAUGCAUCAAAAAUCUCAUCUUGCGAUCAAGUUUCAAGAAACUUCAAUUGGUUUGUUUCAUCUUCAAAACCCCAGAGCUAUGAACUUUCUCCAACCCACUCCCUCCGUUCGUCCAAGAAAGCAGAAUCCAUUUUUAUUUGUGGCCAAAUUGUUUCCCAUAUUUCGCAAUUAAGACGAUUUUCAAGCUCUCCGAAGGGACCUUCUUCAUCCGGCGAUUCGGUGCCAUUAGACAACUCUAGCACUCCCAUUGACGCAGGUUCUUCAAUUCGAAAGCCGACCAACUUGUGGCCUGGAAUGUAUUAUUCCCCAGUGACAAAUGCCUUGUGGGAAGCAAGAUCGAGCAUUUUUGAGACGCUUUCUAAUGCCACCACCAUUGAUGCCCCUCCCCAGAGUGAACUGAUGACAAAGACUCCUGGAAUGAGCAGGAGCAGUGUAUUCUACAAAUUCUCCACUGAUUAUGCUCUGAGAGAACAGUAUAGAAACCCCUGGAAUAUGAUGAGGAUGGGAAGAUUGGUCGAAGACCUUGAUGCUUUGGCUGGAACAAUAUCUUAUAAGCACUGCUCGGAUGAUGAUAUCGCAACUAGGCCGUUAUUACUAGUUACUGCCUCGGUUGACAAGAUGGUUUUGAAGAAACCAAUUCGAAUCGAUUUGGAUUUGGAAAUUGAGGGGGCUGUUACUUGGGUUGGGAGGUCAUCCAUGGAGAUUCAAUUGAAAGUGAUUCAGCCCUCACCAGAUACUUCAGACUCUUUGGCUCUUACUGCAAACUUCACUUUUGUGGCUCGUGACUCUGUUACUGGAAAAUCAGCUCCGGUCAACCAGAUUUCACCAGAAACGGAAGAUGAAAAGCUGCUUUGGGGUGAAGCUGAAGAAAGAAACAAAAUGAGGAAGAAACCGAGAGGGGAACAGAAAAAGGAAGUUGAUAUUGAAGAAGUGAAUAGGAUUAAUGAAUUGUUGGGCGAGGGCAGAGUGUUUUGCGACAUGCCAGCUUUGGCAGACAGGGAUAGUAUUCUGAUCCAGGAUACCUGCCUCCAGAAUUCCUUGAUUUGCCAACCUCAGCAAAGGAACAUCCAUGGUCGUAUAUUUGGAGGCUUUUUGAUGAGAAGAGCUUUUGAGCUGGCCUAUGCAACGGCUUACGCAUUUGCAGGGAGUGCACCUUGCUUCAAAGAAGUUGAUCAUAUUGAUUUCUUAAAACCUGUAGAUGUUGGAAAUUUCCUUCGCUUCAAAUCAUGUGUUUUGUACACAGAACUGGAGAAUCCUUCUCAGCCUUUGAUUAAUGUGGAGGUUGUAGCUCAUGUUACAAGACCCGAACUGCGGUCCAGUGAGGUAUCAAACAAGUUCUACUUCACAUUCUCUGUCUGCUCUGAUGCACUGGAAAAUGGUCCGAGGAUUCGGACUGUUGUUCCUGCCACGGAGGAGGAAGCACGUCGUGUAAUUGAGCGCAUGGAUGCCGAAAAAUGUUGUUAAUGUUAAAAACUGCGCCAUUGCAGGACAUCAUGAGGUUCAUAUUUUCAUCAUUUCUGCAUGAGGGUAUUUGGAUAAUUUGGUUCAUGCUAUUUGGCUUUAUGGUAGUAAUUAUUUUGGGAUUUAUGUAUAUAGAAUCUUUUUUCCUAGCUGAAUAAAUCAAGUUUAGCUAGUGUAGAAUAUACUUGUUCACCAAAGAAGUUGGAUAUUUCCUGAUUUGAUUGUAAACCUAUCCCUCGUAUAAUCAGGGGUUAUCAUGCCUUUAUGGCUUUAUUUAGUAAACAUUUAUUUUUUUCCAA